AUGCUCCGUCGCACAAGAAGAGCCCCCAAGGCAUGCUCCUGGUGCCAUCAUCGGAAGGUGCGCUGCGAUGCUUCCAUCCGGGGCUGUCCCUGCACGCGCUGUCGCCAGGAUGGACGACCUGAAUGCAUUCUGCGGGGCAAGUUACCCCGGAACUUCGCCGGCUUCGCUACCCAAAACGACCACAACCUCCGCGCAACUCAGAUCGACCCUCUCUCCGCCAAAGCCCCCCUGGAUCCCUCCCUCCGCGCCCUCAUCCCAGACGACGUUGACCUGUCCCCCUCCGCCGCGUCCGUCGCCCCAUCCGCAGACCCUCUUCCCCCAGGCCAUGUCGCAUUCACAUCCUACCCCUUUGUCGAGUUCCGCGGCGUGGGGCUCCUCCCGCGCGAAGACCUCGCUUUUAUCGCCUCCAAGGCGUGUCUGAGUGUACCGGAUAAGACGGUCAUCGACGACUUCGUUCGCCAGUAUUUUCUGCACAUUCAUCCGUCUAUGCCGGUGCUAGAUGAAGCGGCGUUUUGGGAUAUGUAUCUUCAUCCAGGGGAGGAUGUCGACGGGCGCGUGUCGUUGUUUGUUUUUCAGGCGUUACUGUUUGUCAGCUGUGCGCAUGUUCCGUUGGAGACCCUCCUGCAGUGCGGCUUCAAAGAUAAGCGCGAUGCUCGGAACAGCUUCUACCGACGCGCCAAGUAUUUAUUCGAUCUCAGCGGCGAAGACCGCCCCUACGCCAAAGCCCAGGGCUGCAUUAUUCUAUCACACCACACCUCAGGCGAGGAACCCCAAGCCGCCAGUCUGUGGCUCACUCGUGCCAUCCAGAACGCCAUGACCAUCGGGUGCAAGCCCGGCCCCUGCGAAGACGUCGAGGACUCGCUGAAGAAGCGUCUCUGGUGGUCCAUCAUCCUGCGCGACCGCAGUCUCUGUUUGGGACUGCGCCGCCGCGGCCAGGUCACCUCCCUGGAAUUUGGCAUGGCGGCUGAACCGCUCGACGAGGAGGACUUUGCCGAUGAGAUUCGUCGCUCCCAGGUCUAUGAACCGGAUACCAAGCGCAUGCUUGUCAAAGUUCUGCAGGAGCAGUGUCGUCUGAGUGUGUUGCUCACGGAGAUGGUCUCGUUCGUGUUUGCCUCCCACGGCCUGGCAGCUCCUAUCAUGGGCCUCGAGCAGUUCCAUCAUGAACUUGCGCGCAUCGCACGUAUUCAGAGGCUGCUGGCACAUUGGGAGUCUUGUUCCCAGCUGCAGGAACUGCUCACCGGGGUACCGGACCCGGUAACGCAGAUGACCAACUUUGCCUAUAUGUUUUAUCACACUGCACGCAUCGACCUCGCCCACUACGAGACUCUUCUCAUCGAAAACCACAUUCUGCUAGCAGGGACAAACUACAUCCAUCAUCUCUGGCAGAUCGGCGCGACUCUCUACGACGCCAUGAACCAGUUGACGGCAGUGAUGGAGUACUUCAGCCGAGAAGGGCGUGCUCAGAAUUUGCCUCUCAGCGUUCUUGCCUACGUCGCCAUGCCUCUCGUUCUCACUGCAAUUGACCUCAAACUCUCCCCCACUUCCUCCGAACUCGACACCCGUCGUCGUCGUCUCGACGCCCUCGGCGCCAUCAUCCGCCACUCCGGCCGCGUCUACGACGUCACUGACAUGGUCAGCGCCGGAACUAACCACAUCCUCCAGCUCGCCUACAUGACCUCCCAGCACUUGUUCCUCCGCUGGGACGACGAACCGCCCACCCCGCGCGUCCGCAGCGGCCAGUCCACCAGUCCGAACUCCACAGACGGAACAGCUGCAGCAGAAUCAACACCAACGAAUACAGCCCCACGAGCAGGAGGAGCCAUUCAUCUAGUCGAGAAAGACGCCCUUCCCACGCCGCCCCCAUUCCCCAGCGCCCGCCGGGCCGCCUCCUGGCACGAGGCCUUCCUGCGCCAUCCCCGCGCCUACCUCCUCAUCUCUACCUCCGUCGACUACAGCCUAUCCGUCGGGCGUCUGCCAUACGACUCUGCCCUUCCAGAGUUAGUUCGAUGCAUUCCACCUAUCGGAAUUGGCAUCCGUCUCCCAUGGACUAUGCCAGCCCCGUCCACUCCCAUUUCCCCGCGCAGAGCCAAACAGAAGCGACAGUUGGCGUUGAGAGAGCGCAUUCACAGUGUCUCUUCUUCUGCGUCGUCUGUCCCUUUGGACGGAUACAGGCAGAUAGAGGCGGAUAACAGUCCGGCCGGAGCGGAUACCCUCCGCACCGUAUCCGAUGAGGCUGAGGACGCGUCCCACCCGCUCAUCCUAGGCUUAACUGUAGAUGAUACGAGCUACGAUUCCCCUCCUCCUUUCCCUUCACCUCUGCGCCAGGAGCAGGAGCAGGAGCAGGAGCAGCAACAGCUGCAGCAGCAGGGAAAUGACGAGACCGUCAACCUUGACUACCUCUAUCUAGACAAUAUGUGUGACCCUUCUUCGCCUGAUAAGGGAUUAGAGGGGGAUGAAAAUCUCUUUGGGGGGAGUGCACAGUUCAUGCACCAGCAGCAGCAACAACAACAGGAACAGAAUCACCCGCGUAAUGAGCAAGGGCAGUUCGAACAGACUGUCGCGGGAUUCGAUCCGCUAAUCAGUUCGUUCGUGCAGGAGCUUUUUGGUGAGCAGGGUGGCCCGGGGAUGGUGAUUGGGUAA